AGGUGGUAAAUAUGGCUGAGGAUAAAAAAACCUUUGUUGAUGAGAUAAAUAAAGCAUUGGCAAAGUCUGAGGGGCUUACCUUGAAGGAUCUGCUGUUCUCCUACCACGGGACCCCGUAUCCUGUCACAGUGUGCAGCGUGGAAACAUUCCAAGCCCUGGAGAACCUGGAAGCCAGAAGAGAUGAUAUGGUGCUGGUGUCCUACACCAAAUGUGGUGUCAACUGGCUUAUCCAGAUUUCAAGUGAUUUCAUAUUUACAACUGUCCAGAGUAAACCUGUAAGCGCAGAACUACCAUUUAUUGAAUGUGGAGUUCCAGAUAAGUAUCAGAGGAUGAAGCAGAUUCCAUCUCCAAGGAUUUUGGCAACACAUCUGAAUUACGAUUGCCUUCCCAAGUCUAUUUUCAAGAAUAAAGCCAAGAUACUAGUGCUGUUUCAAAACCCUAAAGAUACAGCUGUUUCUUUUUUCCAUUUCCACAACAAUGUGUCAAGCGUCCCCAGUGACAGCUCCUGGGUUGAGUUCUUCUCAGAGUUCAUGAAUGGGAAAGUCGGCUGGGGAUCCUAUUUUGAUCAUGCAGUCACCUGGAACAAACACAUUGCAGAUGAGAAUACUAUGAUCAUAAUAUAUGAAGACCUGAAAGAGGACCUGCCUGCCAGUGUAAAGCAGAGAGCUGAAUUCUUUGGAUUCUCCCCAACGGCAGAGCAGAUCCAGGCCAUUGCACACAGGGCCACUUUCCAGGCAGUGAAGGAUAAGGCUGAGGAGACCCACGGUGCUGUUGGCUCAAUUCUUUUCCGCAGAGGUGUUGUUGGAGACUGGAAAAAUCUUUUCUCUGAAGCUCAGAACCAGGAAAUGGAUGCCAAAUUCAAAGUGUGCUUAGAAGGAACUAAGCUGGGAGCGAAGUUAAAAUACGAUGUGUACUGCAAGGCCUGAACCUCCUUUACUGAAAAAACUCAUAUUCAGGCUGCUUUUCUUUCACUUUUAUGAACUAAAAGAGAAACCACAACAAUAUCUGAUUUAAAAUUUUGAAAAUCUUUGCAAUUUGCAAACCUGUUUCUGCCAGUUUAACUUACACAAGCAUUUCUUGCUUGUACAGUUAAUGUAACUGACUUCACUGGAUUCUUUUAAAUGACCUGUAGUUCUUUGGCCUCACUUGUUUUUUAACACUGAUUUUUAGCAAUGGUUUCAUGUUACCUGGUAGAAUCCUGUGUGGAAUAUAUAUGCAGUACUUAAUCCUGCUGAAAUCACUAGAAAUGCAUUUAGUAUGUUGGAAGUGAUUUUCCAAGGGAUUUUUUAAAACAAUCACAAAGUGUCAUUUUGAUUCUUAAUUUCUAAGUUCAUAGUAUUCACAUAUAAUUUUAAUUUCUAAGUUUGUAUUGUAAAAUGAGCUUUCAACAGGUCUGGUUGUAGUUGUAUUUUGCUACUUUCUGUGUACUGAUAAAUGUGAGAAAAAAGCAAAGGAA